AUGGAGAAUGGGUCCAGGUCAUCGGAGGCUGCCUUGACAGCUUCCAGAUCGCGUGCAUCUUCAGUCAAAUCGAGGAGGUCAAUUUCAAGCAAGAACAGUAGCUUUCGACUACCCAUAAACGGAGAUGAUGAACAAAUCCUCGAACAGGAUAAAGCAAAAGCGGAUGCCAUCUCUGAGGCGUGCCAGUUGCGCAAUAUCAACCAACUCAAAGAACUAGCAGUAUCCAGAGGGGGGUUUUUGUCGGAUCGCUUGAGGCGACAGGCAUGGCCCGUCCUGCUUGGUAUAGAACCCGAAAGCAACGAUGUCAUCGUUGUGGACAAAAGUAUGUCUUCCUCUCCGGUCGGUGAUGGCUUGUGGAAGGAAAUGCCUCGGCACCGAGACGAGGAUCAAGUUCAACUUGACGUAAAUAGGGCUUUUAUAUAUUAUCCGAACAUUGAAGAUCCAACCGACAUGGAGCACCAAAAGGCAGAACUAUCUGCGUUAAUUGUCGAGGUUCUCCGAACCAACCCCUAUCUCUGUUACUUUCAAGGCUACCAUGAUAUAUGUCAAGUCUUUCUCCUUGUUCUUUCCCCUUCCCAACGAGCCGCGAUUGUCGCACGUCUCUCAGUCCUGCGGAUCCGGGACUUUAUGCUCCCCAACCUCGCACCUGCAAUCGCCCAACUCCGCUUGCUACCCGAAAUUCUUCACGCCGCCGACCCGUCAUUAUGCCACCACCUCUCUCAGACCGAGCCCUUCUUUGCCCUGUCCGGAACCCUGACCAUGUACGCCCACGACGUGCAGACGCUGGGAGAAAUCGCCAGGCUCUUCGACGCACUGCUGGCGAGGGAGCCUGUGUUCAGCGUGUACGUCUUCGCCGCGAUCGUCAUGAGCCGGAGGGCGGAGCUCUUCGACACGCCGCCCGACGAGCCCGAGAUGCUGCACUCAAUCCUCUCCAAGCUGCCGCAGCCUCUGGAUCUAGACGACCUGCUCGCACGCGCCGUAGUGCUGUCCGAAAACCACCCUCCAGAGACGCUACCGAACUGGAGGCGCGGUAUCUCGCCCAACAGCGUGCUCAAGACAGCGCGCGACUCGGCGUCGUGCGCAAGGCAGACGCUGGAUCAAGGCAGGCAGUUCUUUGAGCGUCAGGUUCGGGAGCUCGAGUGGGAUGAGAAGCGAGAGAAGGCACUGGCUGUACUUUGGGCUUACAGGAAGCCCGCAAGGACCAUUGGGUUCGCUGUUGCUUUUGGAGUCUUGGCGUUUUGGUUGCGGCGCUCACCAGGGCCGCUGGCGUACAUUGCUUCUAUGUCAAACCGAUGGCUGAGGGAUUGA